CACGGCGCCAUUCUUUUUCAAAUCAAGAAAAAUCAAGACCAAAAGCAGUCCAGCCUUCUCCUCCCCGGACAGGCAGCGAGAGGCGCUUCUGCUGCUGCAUGGAGAUGGAGGUGGUGGAGGCAACCAAGGCGCCGCCGGCGUCCGUGUCAUCGUCUAUGACGUCGUUGGCGUCGGCCUCCGGGCCAGCGGGCGGCGGGGAGUUCACGGCAGACGACCUCGCGGCGGCAGACCAGCUGGUGCAGCUCAGCGUCAGCGGCGGCGGCGGCGGGGACGAGGAGGACCAGUGCUGUUCGACGUCGCCCCGAUCAGUGAACAACGCCGAGGACGACGCGUGCCGGGGGCUGGUGGACCGGAGGGCUAGGAAGCGCUACCGGCUGGUGUCGGAGCUCUACGCCGCCACCAGGAAGGUGAAGGCGGCCGGCGCCGGUGGUGGUGGCAGGCGGCGGAAGGGCAGGGACGGGGUGAAGAAAUGAGAGCUGAAGAUCGGGAGGUCGGAUCGAGCCGACAUGGAUGCAGGGCUCAAGCUCUGAGCCUUUGUAAAUAUUUGCUUUUUUUUUUCUUUGUUUCUGUAUAAAACAGUUUUGAACGAGUGCUUGUCUCGUUUCCUGAAGUUUUUUUUGGGACCGAAAUCUGAACAUCUGCAAUUGUUCGA